AUGCUACCAGUGUUUACGACACAAAAAAGUAUGGGAACCUUGUUGGAAGAUCUCUACAAGUCAGGAAAAAAUUACAGCAUGUUCGGCUAUUAUUGUCUCUUCUCUCCACUACUCCUUAUCCGUGACCCCGAAAUCGUCAAGAAUAUUCUUCUAACAAAUUUCUCCUCAUUCAGUAAAAAUCCCCUGCAAUUAAAUUGUCCCGAAAAGGACAAACUUUUGAGUUUGAAUCCCUUUUUCGUGACUGGAGAAAAAUGGAAACAAGCACGUGCACCACUGACAAAUAGUUUCUCAAGUAAGAAAUUAAAAAUCCUAAUGUCCCUUGUUUUGAAUGUAUCGACAAAAAUGUCCAAAUACUUACACACGGAAUGUAAAUCAGAAAAGGAAAUGGAUCUUAAGAAGCUCUGUCAUAAAUUUAUGGGUGAAAUAUCAUCGACUGGAAUGGGUAUCGAGGCUCAUAAUUUCCAAGAGGAAUUGAAACCGAAAAAUGGUGAGAUGACGUACAAUCAGAUUAUGAACAUGAUUUUUGAAAAUCCAUCAUUAGGUACGGGAAUAAGUCAGACUUUAAUGUUUUUCAUGCCAUCAUUGGCGAAGUUUUUGAAACUCUCAAUUAUACCAUCCGAGGUCGAUCAGUAUUUUCGACAAAUUGCAAAGAACAUUAUUGCGAAUAGACAAAGGGAGAAGGAAACUUAUAACGAUUUUAUGCAAAUUGUUCUCGAUUUUCAAAAAAAGUAUUGUACGAACAUGAAUCAAGAGACACUUGCUGCAGCGCAUAUGUUGUCGUUUGCAGCCGAUGUUUACGAAACGUCAGCAAUAACAAUGAGUUUUCUAAUAACCGAAAUAGCCGCUCAUCCUGAAAUUCAACAGAAAGUUCGUCAGGAAAUUCAAGAAUUAGACAAAAAAUAUAAUGGGGAAAUUACUUAUGAUUCUUUGCAAGAAAUGACAUACUUGGAAAAAGUCUUAUCCGAAUCGCAGAGGAUGCAUCAUAUUGUAGGAACAUUCUUCAAAAUUUGUACAAAACGAACGAAACUUGAGGGUUUUGAUGGUUUAUCGUGUGUUGUUGAACCGGGACAAACGGUUGCUGUUUCUUCCUAUGGUUUUCAAAUGGAUCCGAAAUAUUGGUACGAACCAAAAAAGUUUGAUCCUGAAAGAUUCGAUGAUAGUGAGAAAAGUAAGAGGAAUAAAUUUGUUUUUCUUCCAUUUGGCGAAGGACCGCGAGUGUGUGUUGGAAUGAGAUUGGCUCUUAUUCUCAUAAAAGUGUCCGUUUUCACGAUUUUCAAAGACUUUCAAGUGGCUGUUUCCCCAAAAAUGAUCUAUCCAAUCAAAAGAGAUGAGAGCAUUUUUAUAAAUUCGGCAAAAGGUGGUUUUUGGGUGACCCUAACACCGUUAAAAUCUUAAAUUUAAGUUCUUCAAUUGUUAUCCAGAUAGUAGGAAUCCUUGCAA